AGGACGAGUACUUGUGGUACCUGACGGAGGAUGAUGUCAAGAAUCUCACGCCAGAGAUGCGGAAGUGCUUGUCCCUGCGCCUCGGCAGCGCCGAGGACGUGUCGCGCUGGCGGACGCAUCAGUUGAUCAAGAAGUUUCAGCGACGCGCCUACGACACGAACAGCCCGGCCGUCCGGAUAGCGACCCUGACGGAGAAGAUCCUCAGGCUGCGGGCGCACCUCCUGAGAUUCCCGCAGGUGCUUGGCUCCCAGGCCCACAAGCGCGUGAUGGCCAUCCGUCUCACGAAGAGGACCCGGGCCAUGCGGCAGCUCUACAAGCACGACUUCGAGCUGUACCAGCACGUCUGCAAGGAGCUCGGCAUCCGCUGCAUACGCUUCGCGAUACCGGGCUCGAAGGACCCGCAGAAGAUGGUGAACCCGCAGGCCAUCGACGGAGACAGAGCCAAGUUCUUGAUCCGCCAGCGGAUGUAUCACGGCAAGUGGCGCCCACACAAGAUGAAGGAGCUCGAGAACAAGGGCCGGCUCAUACGGUACACCCGCCACCCGAUGGAGCGGGUGCCAGAGAGCCACGGGAAGCCCAAGUCAGUGCCUCAGCAAGUGUCGCGGGCCUGGCCCUACGGCGUUCGGGAGGAGCGCGUGGCGGGCAAGCAGGUGGUCUACAACCCCUCCGCCGCCGGCAUCGGCUUCUGGCCCGCCAAGGGCGCCG